AUGGACACAAGUCAUCAAGUGGAAUGUGCACGUACACGACCAUAUAAUGAACACAAUGGAUCAUCAUCAACAGUCACCAAAACAAAAGAAGAAGAAGGAGGAGGAAGUUUGGAUAAUGAAAAGAAACGAUAUUGCUUAUCCAUUGCCAACGAUACGAUCAAGUACAAGGAAUUAUGUAAACAAAAAAAACGACUCAAGUUCAACAAAUCACGUAUUCAUGACUGGGGAUUAUUUGCCAUGGAUCCUAUAUUACAACAUGAAUUUGUCAUUGAAUAUCUUGGGGAAAGAAUCCGACAACAAGUGGCCAAUCAUCGUGAACGAGAAUAUGAACAACGUGGAAUAGGUAGUAGUUAUUUAUUUCGCGUGGAUGAUGAUCUAGUCGUGGAUGCAACGGUGAAAGGCAACUUGGCUCGAUAUAUUAAUCAUUGCUGUACCCCCAAUUGUUGUGCGAAGAUUAUCAGAGUGAAUAAAACGAAACGGAUCAUCAUUUAUGCCAAUCGGGAUAUCCAACCUGGGGAAGAAAUAACCUAUGAUUACAAAUUUCCUUUGGAGACCAACAAGAUACCUUGCUCAUGUGGUAGUGACCAGUGUAGAAAAUCGUAA